GACUCCAAGCAGCUCAGUCAGAGACAGCUGUGCAGGACGAAGCUCUGCUUCUACGCGAGGCUCAUAACAUUCUGACAAGCACGACGUGCUUUAAUUCCUUUUCCUGGAAAACAGAUUUUUAAUCAGAAUAAGCCAGGAUGGCGACCAUGUUCAGAUAUCCUGUCUUCCCUCAUCUGCAGGAUCCGUGUGGUCCUGGAAGGAGUGUCAUGGCAGAACCAGACUACCUGGAGGGAGACUGUGAUGAGCUCAUCCAACCCAAAAAGCUGAUUAAUCCAGUCAAGAGCUCCCGAAACCACCAGGACCUACACAGAGAGCUUAUUAUGAACCAAAAGAGGGGCCUUGCUCCUCAGAACAAGCCAGAGCUCCAGAAGGUUCUAGAGAAGAGGAAGAGAGAACAAGUUAUCAAGGCCCAAAAGGAGGAGCAGGAGGCUCACAAGAAGAGAAGCGACCUGGAAAUAGAGCUCAUGAAAAGACAACAGAAACUAGAGCAGCUUGAACUGGAGCAGCAGAAAAUUCAGGAGGAGCAGGAAAACACCCCUGAGUUUGUGAAGAUGAAGGGCAACCUGCGCCGCACCAAGCAGGAAGCCGGCGGUGAAGAGCAAGCCACCUAAAAUCCAGCCGGGGUGUCUGGUUCU